UGGUUGCUGUGUCCCCCCAGGUGUAUGGAGGCACUGGUGGUGUACUGCUGGUCAGGGAAGGAGGAGGAGCCCUACGUCACCAUCACCCGUAAGCGGCGGCUGCGGAAAGGCUAUGAGGUGGAGAUGGAGCAGGAGGUAGGACACUCGGUGCGCCGGCUGGCCACGCACCGCAACGCUUUCAAGCGCAUGGCGGUCAUCCAGGCCUUCCUGGGCUCCACCCCGCAGCUCACCCUCCAGCUCUACAUCAGUGUCCUGGAGAAGUACGUCCCCGCUGCCCGAGCCAUCCUCAUGGGCAUCUGCCUGGUGUCGGUCACCUAUGGGGCACUCGUCUGCAAUAUCCUGGCCAUCCAGGUCAAGUACGAUGACUACAAGGUCCAGCUGCGGCCGCUGGCCUUCCUCUGUAUCGUGCUGUGGCGCAGCCUGGAGAUCUCCACCCGCGUGGCUGUCCUCGUGCUCUUCAGCACCGUCUUCAAGCACUGGAUCAUCCCCAUCGCCCUGACCAACCUGCUGGUGGUCUUCUUCUUGCCCUGGGUGCAGUUCUGGCGGAGCGGCACCCGCCUGCCCGACAACAUCGAGAAGAAUUUCAGCCGCGUGGGCACGGUGGUGGUGCUCUGCGCCUUCACCCUCCUCUACGCCAGCAUCAACAUGUUCUGCUGGUCGGCCGUGCAGCUCAAGCUGGCCGACCGGGACCUCAUUGACAAGUCACAGAACUGGGGCCGCCUGGCCGUGUACUACGUGGCCCGGCUGGCAGAGAACACAGCCCUCGUCAUCCUCUGGUACUUUUUUAAGACAGAUGUCUAUGAGAACAUCUGCACCCCACUGCUGGUGGUGCAGCUGCUCCUUGGCUACUGCCUGGGCAUCUACUUCAUGCUUCUCUUCUUCCAGUACCUGCACCCCUGCCGCCAACUUUUCCGGCACAACGUUGCCGACUACCUGCACUGUGUCUGCUGCCGCCAGCACCGGCCAGGGACCCCUCUGCGCCUCCAGGCCCCCCACGAGCCCGGCGUGAGGCACAGCAUCGUCUGAGGAAUGGCCAGCACCGGGCUCCUCCAGCUGGCUACAGACAUGAGGAUGGGCAGCGCUGGGCUGCAUCAGCAGCCAGAGGAGGCUCACGGCUCCAGGCAGGAGCUGCCUGGCCUGGCCGCGGGUCCCGGUGGGUCCCUGCAGUGACAGGGGGACAGGAGCGUGCCAGCCUUGCCUGGGACUCCACACACGGACACAAAGGACUUAUGGGGUGCCCAAACCGCCUGCCACUGUGAGCCGGCUGCCGUGUGGUGCACAGCCUCUGGGGUGCCCCGGACACCCCCGCAUCUGCCCGCUACGGUAUAUACAGUGACCUUGGGACCACAGGUGCCCGUGGGACUGUUUUAAGCAGUAAAAGAAACUUUGCUGUGGCUGCGUGUCCGGGUGCUGGCGGGUGGCCGGUGACUCACACUGAGGGUGGGGAUCGUCCCGCCAGGGCUGGCGUGGGUGCGCACACCCACUGCCCACGUAGCCCUCGCGCUUGUGGGCACCGAGCUGGGGCUGCACCAGUGGGAAAUGGGGAUUGGUGGGAGCCCCACAAUGGAGUCGGUAAAAUGCAGGAGCAUGGCGGGAGGGGGGCCAGC